AUGACCUAUAUUGUAUAUCAAUUUACUUUAAUCCCUGCAGUGUCUGAAUCACCAACAAAGCUUGAAGUAGCAGGAGUAACGAGUCGUGCUUUUGAUAUUUCUUGGGAGAAACCCGGAAAUACGUACAGUGAAGAAAACUAUGGAUACGUUCUACAGAUUAAAGAUGAGACCAGUUCAUGCUGGAAAGAAGUUAUUUAUAGAUGCUCAGAUUGUAGUGGUAAUUUUAGACUUUCAAGUUUAGAUGAUUUGUGUGAUCCUUUAAAAAGAGAUCCAGUUAUUGAUACAACAAAACAAGAAUUAGCUAGUAAGUUGACAUAUACUGCCGUUCUUCACCCAGACAUUGUCUACACUGUAUCUGUUACUGCCAUAAAUGAUGCUGGAAGAGGACAUCCUGCAAUUUAUACACAAAGAACAAAUGAAGAAGCACCACAAAAACCAUAUCAAGUAUCUGUGACUGACAUAAAUUCAACAAGUUUUGUGGUUAAUUGGGAAAUUGGUUCACCAAGACCAGGCAACACAACUUACACAAUAAAGAUAAUGACUGACAUUGCUCAAUCUAAGGAAUUUAAUGUUGUUGGCUAUGAGAACAGAAAUUAUCUGGUAACAGGUCUUGAGGAGUUUUGGAAUUAUAAUGUAACAGUUACUGCAUCUACAUCUAUUGGUCCAAAUACAUCUGAUGUGUCGGACACAUAUCAAACAUUACCUGCAGCUCCUGGAAAAGUUCAUGAUUUUAGAAAACAUGAUGCUCCAAAUGGAGAUUAUUUGAAACUCAAAAUUACCUGGAAAGCACCAGUUAUACUUGAAAGAAACAGCAUAAUAAAGGAGUACAAAUAUGUACACAAUGCUAGUGAAGAAUUAGAGUCACCGGAGCCACUCAGCCAAAAUGAAGAUGAAAACUAUGAAUAUAAUGUUAUGUUAAUUGUUGUGCCAGAAGAAUAUUAUAGUUUUGAGGUUUUAGCAGUCAAUGAGCAGGAUUUGAAUGGUGAACCAGUAAAUAAAGAAAUAAAAACUAAAGCAGGAGUCCCUAUCAAUAUAGAAAAAACACAAAAUGUUGAUGUAGUUGAAGGCCCAAAAGAAAGUAGCCAACAGAGGCAGUUUACAGUGACUUUUGCUGAGGACUUUUUCAAUCAAACUACAAAUGGAGCGAUCCGUGCAACAGGUUUUGUAGUAUGUAAAGACAGCAAAUGUGACUCCAAAGAUUCAAUGAGUUUAUCAGACUUUAACACAUUGGAUGCAUGGAGUGUAGGAUUAAAGAAAGGUUAUUACAGAGCCACCGAAGCAGAUUGGUUAAAGAAUUUAAAAAGCAAAACAUCAACACCAAAUUCAAGAAGAAAGCGUGAAGUUGUAAAACAACAGUUUAUUGUUGGGAGUGACUCCUGUAGUAGUAAUACAGAUUCCACAGAGUACUGUAAUGGACCGGUUGACCCAGAUACUAGUUACAUAGUAAUUGCAGUAGCGUGUACAAAUGGUGGAUGUUUAAUCAGUAAAAAAUAUGGACCUUUCGUUACAGCUGCAGAGCCGGACGACACAAACCUCGGUUUGAUAAUAGGUAUAGUUGUUGCAGCUGUGGUUAUCGUUGUUCUGGCAGCAGUGAUCAUUGUCUUGGUAUUACGGAGGAGAAGAGGUAGAAAAUCUGAUGGCAUGAAACGAACCCAUGACACAGAUGAUGAAGAUGUUAAUUUUGACCCAGCCACUGAAAAAAUACCUCGUAAAAGACCAAUCAAUUUGAAUGAAAUUGAGGAAUAUGUGGCCAAUAUGCACAAAGACAGCAACCUGCUCUUCUCAGCUGAAUAUGAG